AUGAAACAGAAGAACGAAGCGGCAUCAAGUGGAGAUCGGCGCAAGAGUAACGACUCUAAGUCGCAAAAAGUGUCGAGAAUAGAAGGCUUACUGCAUUUUCACAAACAAAGGGAACUUGAAAAGAAACUUGAUCAGAACCGUGCCACCUGCAAGAGUCUUUACAAUGAAGCAGAAAAGAAGCUUAACCAGCUACAAUCUCGGACCUCGGAUUGGUACAGAUCAACGUAUUUCACACUUCUUAAAGCCAGAGAAUGCCUCCCUUCAGAGGACGAUCUGGAACUUAUCAUAGAAACCUGCAACCUGAUUACGCAACAUGAGAAAGAGGGUAGGGCAGAGGAUUAUGUUGUACCUGAUCGAUUUCCAUACGGCGAAUACAAGACAAUGGGAGAAUUAAGAUCUUUCAAAAUAUAUCUUGAAGAGAUGUUGAAAGACCAACUGUCUAGUUUCAAUUACACCUUUGUUGUGGAGAACGAAACCGCACACAGUGUCUGUAAGAAGGUACCAGAUGAACAGUGUCAUCAAAGUGCCUUGGAAGACGAUCGAAUUAAAAAUCUAUUUAAGGGUACCAUUCUUUUUGUGAAAAAGGAAGACUGGAACGGAAUCAAGCAAUCACGGGAAGCACUAGAGAGAGCUAUGAAUUCUCUGGCGAAAAUCUUGAACCACCCUUCUUACUGGAAAGUUGUCGAUACUACAGUUUCCGAACUUACCGAAGAACUCCGCAAAAUUAAAUCCGAGUCGUCCCAGUUUCUAGAGGGCAGAGGCCAAGAUAGCAACACGAGUAUGGAGUCCUUGAAUAAAGUGAUGAGUGAAUUGGAAAGCCUAAACGCAAAGAUUGUUCGGUUUACACAGAGAGAGAAAGAGAGUGCUACUCUCGAUGGAGAACUUAAAGAAUUUGAUAAUGCGUUGAAGAAACCUCUACUUACAUGGCAGGAGAGACAUCCAGAAGCGUCUUCAGAGAAUCCUAAGAUAAGCAAGCACCCAGGUUCCAGAAGGGACUCAGUGAAGAGAUGCCGAUAA